CAUUGCGCCAUACGAACUUGAGCCUUUGCAUACAAUGAUGCCUCCCAUUUCGUUUAAUAUUGCUCUAACCUUUGCCUUGGGCAUUGCUAUGAUGAUUGAUUUCCCAUAUACCAGUGGAUGUAGAUAUGAUGAAAGAGGCUAUCUGCUCGAUUUCAAAGGGAGCCUUAACGACACCUUUGGUCGAUUAAGCUCAUGGCGCGGAUACAACUGUUGCCAGUGGCAGGGAAUUGUCUGUGACUACCAGACAAACCACGUCAUUCAACUUGAUCUCAAAAACCCUUAUCACAAAGGAAAUGAUCAUGGCUACCGGGUCAACCACAUGUUGAACGGGGAGAUUCAUCCAUCUCUGUUUAAUCUGCAGCAUCUGCGCCACUUAGAUUUGAGUUGGAAUAACUUCCAGGGCAUCACUAUACCUCCUCAGUUGGGAAGACUCAAGAGGCUUACUUUUCUUAGCUUGGCUUAUACUGGAUUUGAUGGCGAGAUUCCUCUAGAGCUGCGAAAUUUGUCAGCCUUGCAGCAUCUUGAUCUGUCAAACUAUAACUCAAUCUACGGCUCAGAAUAUAAUUCAGAGUUUGAAUCAGAGUAUAACUUGAACUGGAGACUGAAGAGUUCAAGGUUUGAUGAAUGGAUAAGAAGUCUGAGGAACUUGGAAUACCUGGCGUUGAAGAAAGUGAACCUUGAAAAGGCAUCUCGCAGCUGGGGCGACUCCCUCUCCAGUCUCCCCAAUCUUAGCCAGAUUUACCUGUCUGCGUGUAGUCUUUCAGGAAGUAUUCCUUCACUUCUAAACAUCACCCGUUUAUCCCACCUUCAUCUUCGGGAUAACUCAUUCCCAUUCCCACUACCAGCUUGGUUCCGGAAUGUCUCGUCCUUGGUUUCACUUGAUCUCACUGGCUGUGGUCUCAGUGGUUCCAUGCCUUCCGAUUUCUUGCAGCACUCUUCUAGUCUGAGCAAUCUUCGCCUGCAGGUAAACGAUCUAGAGGGAGUGAUUCCCCCUUCCAUUGCGAACUUUUCAAAUCUUCAGACACUUGAUCUUAAUACCAAUUACUUAACAGGGGAUAUACCCCCAUUUGGAUGUCCAGUGGGGUGGUCUUCUAGUCUUUCAUUGAUUGAUCUUUCAUUUAACCAUUUGAAGGGCAGAAUACCAUACUGUCUUGGCAGGCUUCCAUCCCUCCAAUAUCUCGAUCUCCAGGAAAACAAGCUAAAUGGUGAUAUCCCGACCUCUUUGGGUCAGCUCUCUAAAUUAAAUUGCCUUCAGUUAGAUGAUAAUCAGUUGUCUGGAGCAAUACUAAAUUCAUUUUCAGAGCUCGCUGGAUUGGAAGUACUGUCACUUUCUUCCAACAAUUUCACGGGAAGUGUUUCUUUUUCUAUGUUCCAGAAUUUGACUCAACUUCGUGUACUCCUGUUAUCUAGAAAUCAGCUGACUAUUGAAAUUCCUUCAAGUUGGGUUCCACAGUUUUCGCAUCUGAAGUACCUAGGAUUGGGCUCUUGUAAUAUUGAAGGCAAAAUUCCAGCAUUUGUUUCAAGUCAAUAUUCACUUAAGGGUUUGGAUCUAUCAGAGAAUAGAAUUAGGGGAGAUCUUCCUACUUGGCUGCAGGGUUUUACUAAUCUUAAGAUGCUUAAUCUUUCAAAUAACCAACUAGAAGGUUUUCUACCCCCAUUCCAUUACAAUCAGUUUAGCUCUCUGGAUUUGCAUAAUAAUAGCUUUCACGGCCCUAUUUCAGCUCUUUCUUUUUAUGGACCUUUGUUGGAUUUGUCACAUAACAAGUUUAAUGGCUCUAUUCCAGCUACAAUUUUUCCAUUGCUGUAUUUGUCCCUGUCAGCAAAUAAUCUGAGUGGAGGUAUUCCGCAUUCAAUAUGUGAACAUGGAAAGGAUUUGAAUAUUUUAGAUUUGUCCAACAACAGACUGAGUGAUGUGAUUCCUGCGUGUCUGGGGAGAUGUUCAUCUCUUAUAAUUUUAAAUUUGGCUAGAAAUGAUUUGCAAGGUGAGAUGCCAGGGGAGCUGGGAAAUCUGACUCAACUUCAGACAUUAAACCUCAAUGGAAACAAUUUGCAAGGUCUUAUUCCUCCAUCUAUUGCAAAUUGUAAAGAUAUUCAAGUAUUUGACGUAGGAAAUAACAGAUUUCAAGGGAGCAUCCCAGUUUGGCUCCGAAAAAUGAGACACUUGAAAAUUCUCAGCUUAACAAAUAAUAAGCUUGAAGGUACUAUUCCACCACAGUUGUUUGAGCUGCCAAAUCUUCAUGUCUUAGAUUUAUCUCAUAACAAUAUAUCAGGAACAGUCCCUAAAAAUAUAGAUAAACUACAUGCUAUGGUAAAUCAAUCACAGAGUUUUGAAAUGCAACAUAUGGAGAGAUUCUAUGGUGUUUGGAUAGCCAAUACAUAUAUGUCUGUACAAGUAUUAUUUGUGAAUCAAAUAACGCUCUGGAUCAAAGGAACAGCACGUCCAUAUGAAAAAAUCUGGACAUCAUUCAAAGUCAUGGAGCUCUCACAUAACAAGCUCCAGGGUAGCAUUCCUCAGAAAAUGGGACUUCUCCAGGGUCUAGUUGCUCUCAACAUUUCGAACAAUAAUAUCAGUGGUAGAAUUCCGGAAUCCUUGGCUCAGAUGGGUAAUCUACAGUCUCUGGAUCUCUCGAUGAACAUGCUGUCAGGGAAGAUUCCCCAGGAACUUGUAAGUCUCACCUUCCUUUCUGUCUUGAAUCUGUCAUACAACAUGCUUUCUGGGCUAAUACCGCAGGGAAAUCAGUUUUCAACGUUUGAAGCUUCUUCAUUUCUGGGGAACCCCAAACUUAGGGGGCCUCCCCUCGAAAAUAGAACACAGAGCCCCGGUUUUGAUAAAAGAAGCAACCAGGAAAGGUCGCCUAGUACGGGAGUUGCAGAUGCAGAUAAAGUGGAUAAAUGGUGGGCAGUGUCAGUGGGGUUAUGUUACGGAGUGGGAUUUGUUUCUGUAAUUGCAGUGUUGUGUUUUCACGUAGAAUGGAGGUACAGAUGUUUUGCAUUGCUGGAUGCUGUUGUGGCUUAUCUUUGUAAGCGCUGAAAAACCUGCCUGCUAUCUAUGAUUGCUUGAAGAAGGUUUUCAUCAAUGGAGAUCAAAAUGGACGGAUGGUUUCAUGAAGGCUUAGCCAUAUAUCUCAUUAGUGGCUGGGCAUUGUGAUGAAAAUCCCUCUGUCAAAUGGGAUGAACCCUCUGGCUUUCAUAGUUUACUCUAAUGCUUUUGAGUUUCUGGCGCUCACUCCAUUUGCUUUCUUCCUUGAGAAGUUUGAAUUAAUGAAUUAACUAUGAAAUGAACUGUAAGCUAUGGUUUAUAGAUGGGAAUUGAAAUAAAAAUUGUUAGGGAAAUGCAGAAAACAGCGAGUCAAAUUGAAUUUGUCUUUGGCUGGUCAGUUUUCAUGGUCUGUCUUGCAGGGUGAGUAAGAUACUUGAUUAGUAUUCACUGGUACUGGAGUAUAGAUACU